AUGUCUGACUCAACGAGCGCCAACGCCCCCAAGCCGAGUAGCAGCGUCAAGCUUGUGCUGCUGGGUGAAGCCGCAGUUGGAAAGUCAUCGCUCGUCUUGCGAUUUGUCAACAACGAUUUUCAGGAGAAUAAAGAGCCUACCAUUGGAGCCGCCUUCCUGACGCAGAAAUGUUCGCUGCCUACCCGCACCAUCAAGUUCGAAAUCUGGGACACAGCCGGCCAGGAACGCUUUGCUUCUCUCGCCCCGAUGUACUAUCGUAACGCCCAGGCGGCGCUGGUGGUCUACGAUGUCACAAAACCAUCCUCCCUCACCAAGGCGAAACACUGGGUUGCCGAGCUUCAACGCCAAGCCAGCCCAGGGAUCGUGAUUGCCCUUGUUGGCAAUAAGCUGGAUCUGACGAGCGAUGGCGGGGAGGCUGCUGAGCAACCACAAGCCAAUGACGAGCACGAAUCAUCUGGCGCUGAAGGCGAGGACGCUACCGGCGACAACCAAGAGGAGCAGGAAGCGACCCCGGGAGAUGCCCGGAAGGUCUCGACACGGGAGGCUAGCGCCUAUGCGGAGGAAGAGAGCCUUUUGUUUUUCGAAACCAGUGCCAAGACCGGCACGAAUGUCGCCGAGGUCUUUACUGCGAUUGCAAAUGCUAUUCCUGAAAGCAGCUUGAAGAGUGGACGAGGUGCCGGUGCGGGAACCGGUCAAACUGCCCUGGGUGCUGGACGUCCCGCAGACGAUACGAGAGUCAAUCUUGGAGACCGAGCCGCUGCUACAGCCAAGGAAGGCUGCGCCUGUUAA